AUGUCGAUCGAAAUCGAGUCUGCCGACGUGAUUCGGUUGAUACAGCAGUAUCUCAAGGAGGCGAAUCUCGUGAAGACGCUGCAAACUCUACAGGAAGAAACUGGUGUAUCACUGAACACUGUGGACAGCGUGGAUGGAUUUGUAGCGGAUAUAAAUAAUGGCCAUUGGGAUACAGUUUUGAAAGCUAUACAAUCAUUGAAGCUGCCUGACAAGAAACUCAUAGACUUGUAUGAACAGGUUGUUUUAGAAUUAAUUGAGCUACGAGAAUUAGGUGCUGCACGUUCUUUAUUAAGGCAGACCGACCCAAUGAUCAUGAUGAAGCAACAAGAACCUGAAAGAUACAUUCACCUAGAGAAUCUACUUGCGCGCUCAUAUUUCGAUCCGCGCGAGGCAUAUCCCGAUGGAAGCACAAAAGAAAAACGAAGAGCGUACAUAGCCACCGCUCUCGCUGGCGAAGUGUCGGUAGUACCGUCCAGCAGAUUGCUCGCCCUGUUGGGACAAGCGUUGAAAUGGCAGCAACAUCAGGGUCUGUUACCUCCCGGUACCACAAUAGAUUUGUUCCGAGGAAAAGCGGCGGUUCGCGAUCAAGAGGACGAGAAAUACCCGACGCAGUUAUCUAAACAAAUCAAAUUCGGUCAAAAAUCACACGUGGAGUGCGCGCGUUUCUCGCCCGAUGGCCAGUAUUUGGUGACUGGUUCGGUGGACGGUUUUAUCGAAGUGUGGAACUUCACGACUGGUAAAAUUAGAAAGGACUUGAAAUACCAGGCGCAGGACAAUUUUAUGAUGAUGGAGCAGGCGGUUCUGUCGAUGGCGUUUAGUCGUGACAGCGAGAUGCUGGCGGGUGGUGGUCAAGAUGGUAAAAUUAAGGUCUGGAGAGUGCAGAGCGGACAGUGCUUGAGGAGAUUCGAAAAGGCGCACUCAAAAGGUGUUACUUGCCUACAGUUUAGCAGAGAUAACAGUCAAAUAUUAUCAACUUCGUUCGACACUACUAUAAGAAUACAUGGCCUUAAAUCUGGAAAAACGCUCAAGGAAUUCCGCGGUCACUCCUCGUUUGUCAACGAAGUCAUAUUUUCUCCAGACGGUCACAAUAUAAUCAGCGCGUCGUCGGAUGGAACUGUGAAAAUUUGGAGCUUGAAGACCACCGAGUGCAUAGGCACUUACAAAUCAUUAGGAGCCGCUGAUCUCACGGUGAACAGUAUACAUGCUCUUCCUCGAAACCCGGAGCACUUUGUCGUGUGCAAUCGUUCUAAUACGGUAGUAAUUAUGAAUAUGCAAGGACAGAUAGUAAGAUCGUUCUCCAGUGGUAAACGAGAAGGAGGUGACUUCGUGACUACAGUAGUGAGUCCGCGUGGCGAAUUUAUCUAUUGCGUCGGCGAGGAUCUUGUACUUUACUGUUUUUCUACGUCGUCGGGAAAACUCGAGAGGACGUUGAAUAUACACGAGAAAGACGUAAUCGGCUUGGCGCAUCAUCCCCAUCAAAAUUUAUUAUGUUCUUACAGCGAGGAUGGUUUGCUAAAAUUAUGGAAGCCGUAAAUAAACUAAGAAAUUCUCAUUUCUUUUUACAUUUGACCGCAAAGGAGAAUGUCUUCUUCAUGUAUUAUAAUACAGCAAUUUUACAAGGAC